CUUGUUCAUUGUCAUUGUAAACAACAAUGCAAUUGAAUAAGAAUUUAACAAGUACAAUAAUUUGUAUAAAUCUUCCACCUAAUGUAAAUUCCAAAGGUUUAUGGGUUCAAUUUAAUGAUCCUCAAUGGUGGCUCAAUUCCUCUUUGCCUCUUCUUGAGUUUCAAUUGAUUUUGUUCUGCUUUUCCUUAGCAAUUACAAGUCAUUUCCUCAGGCGUUUCAGAAUCUCCAAGCUUUCCUCUCAAAUUCUUAUUGGAUUGGCAUUUGGGUGUUGGUGGAAUCAAUGGGAGGAGGGAAAAACAAUGGUUUUGAAUGUAGAAAGUCAAGAUGUUCUUGCAUUACUUGCAGAUUUUGGGUACACAUUGUUUUUAUUUCUAAGUGCAGCAAAACAAGAUGUAACAAUGACAAUGAGAACAGGAAAACAUGCAUUACUCAUAGGCAUUUCAGCCAUAGUAAUCCCUUUAGUCACAGGAUCAUUCCUUAAGAAUAUGCUUUAUGAAAACACCCUAUUAACAAAGGAACAAAAUAAACUCCUCCCCAUGUUGAUUGGGUUCCAUGGGAUUACUUCAUUUCCUGUUGUUGCUUCACUUGUAAAAGAGCUUCAUAUUGUGAACUCAGAAUUGGGGCGUUUAGGCCUUUCCUCUGCUUUGGUCAGUGACAUUAUAGGUGGCUUCACUCUCAUCGCAAUCGGCCAGGCUAACAGAUUCAAUUAUAAUUUAGCAGACCCUACCAGAGCCAUAGCUGAAUUUGGUGCCUUACUACUCUUUUUACUUCUGGUCAUCUUUGUGUUUAGGCCUAUAAUGCUUUGGAUUGUCAAACAAACACCUCAAGGAAUGCCUGUGAAGAGCUGUUACAUUGAAGGGGUUGUUUUUUUGGCUCUUUCUUCAACCAUUUUGGCAAAUUUUACAGGCCAGGCUUCCAUUAUUGGGCCUUAUAUUUUGGGGUUGGCUAUUCCUGAUGGAGCUCAUUUAGCAUCUACACUUGUUGAUAGAAUUGAGUGUCUUGUUGAAAAUGUGUUUAUGCCUAUUUUGGUCAUUACCUGUGCUUUGAGAGCUGAUUUUUCUAAGAUCUCAUCCUCCACUUUUGAACCCGUUUUCACUAAAUUGAACAUUAUUCUCAGUUUUGUGAUUUUUGCUGUCAAAGUUCUGGGUUCUCUUUUGUCUUCCAAGUAUUGCAAGUUGCCUUUCAAGGAUGCUUUGGCACUUUCUCUCAUUAUCAGCAGCAAAGGUUCUGUGGAAUUGGUUUCAUACACAAUUACCAGAGACUACGGUGGCAUUGACAAUGGCCUUUUUGGAUUCUGCAUUCUUUGGAUAUUUAUCAUUGCUACAUUGGUGCCAAUUGCAGUGAGAGGGUUGUAUGAUCCUUCAAGGAAAUAUGCUGGAUAUCAAAAUAGGGACAUCAUGCAUUUGAAUUCCUCCUCCGACGAGCUUCGACUACUCGUCUGCAUUCAUCGAAAUGUAAAUAUUAGUGCCAUUGUUCAACUUUUAAAUCUCUCGUGCCCUACUGCCGAGAACCCAAUCGCCGUUCAUAUAUUCCAUCUCAUCGAGCUUCCUGGUCGGAUUGCUCCCAUCUUCAUUUCUCACAGACUACAAAAUGGCCCCCUCAACAAUCGCUCCUACUCACGACAAAUCAUUCAAUCUUUCGAUCGGUUUGAGAGAGAGAAUGAAGGGAUAGUGUAUGUCGAAUGCUUCACUGCAAUCUCACCAUGCACGGUCAUGCACGACGAAGUAUGCACCUUGGCACUCGACAAGGUUGCAUCGCUUAUAAUACUUCCUUUCCACAUAACAUGGACCUUGGAUGGUUAUAUUGAUGAAGAUGACAACAAGAUCAGGACAUUGAACUACAGUGUCCUUGAAAGGGCUCCUUGUUCGGUCGGCAUCUUCACCGACCGAGGAAAUUUAGGACUCAUCGGAGCAAGGACGUCAUCAUCGAGAAUGAGAGGUACGUACUCUGUGUGUGUGAUUUUCUUGGGAGGGAGGAUGAUAGGGAGGCAUUAUCAUUUGCGAAACGUAUGGUAAGUGACUUAAGAGUCGAGUUGACGGUGCUCCGACUACAAGCACCUCUAGAAGAUGAAAAUAGAUCAAAGUCAAACAAGAACUUGGACGAUAUAAUUGAUGGAGAAGUUAUUAAAGAUUUUAUAGCCAAGUGUUUGGGAGAAGAGAGAAUUGUGUAUGUAGAGGAUGCGUGUAGAGAUGGGCAAGAAACAACAUUCAUACUUAAAAAGAUAGUAGAUUUGUUUGAUCUUAUGAUAGUAGGAAGAAGAAAUGGGUUAGAAUCACCUCAAACUGCUGGUCUUGAUGAAUGGAGUGAAUUUCCAGAGCUUGGACUUCUUGGAGAUUUGAUUGCUUCAACUGACAUCAACACUAGAGCUUCUUUGUUAGUAAUACAACAACAAAAACUCUCAUAAUUCAGAUUCAAUUGUUCAUUUAAAUAUAUGAAUAAAGGAAUUAGUUACAAAUAUGGGACAUGAAAUGUAAGGAUCCGAGUUCAGAAGGGGUACAUGAAUGAACCGAUAUCACAUCUGAAUGAGAGGGAUCCUAAGGACAUGAAAGUAUGGUUAAGAAAAACUUAAAAGAAUUGAAAGUUACUACCUAUACUAAUAAGGUGCACUUUCCUUUUCAAUGACUCAAUUAUAAAAACUCCAAAGUUAGGCGUGCUUUCCUUGGAGCAAUCCUAUGUUGGGUGACCUCCUAGGAAUUUUCCUAGGACUCAUGUGAUUGAGGACAAAGAAUCUUAAAAGGACCUGUAUUAGUUUGUGGGGACAACUUCCGCUAGAGAUACAACUUCUACUAGAGAAAAUUCGAAUUUCGAAUCCUGGUCCUGAGGCGUUACAUGAAAUUUUGAAUUUCAACCUAAAAGAAAUAGUACAUAGGUCCCCAUUAGUAAGUAGCUAUGCUCAUGUUGGUGAAAACAGUCCUUAGGCUUUUUUUUGUUUCCUCUUUUUCUUGUAAAUUGCAGAAAAUCCUCGGUAGAGAGGUUUUACUUAUUUGUUUGUAUAUAUUCAUAGCUCUUUCAUUGAGUCAUUUAUUUAUUAACUUAUUAUUAUAGAUUCAAUAUAUACAUGAUGAGAUAAUGGUUUCUCCUCCUUUGAGAAUUUUACAAUUAAUUAUUGAGGCAAAAUAACUAAGCUAUAGUGUUCAAUGAAUGCUGAAACUCUGUAGACUGACCUUUUUGCUUCAUAACAAUAAAAGGAUGAAUGAAAAGAUUCAGAGAGUAAGGAAGAAUAAACACACAAAAUUAUUGUUAGGCCUGCUUCUUCUUCGAUGGGCCUGCUUCUGCAAAAGAGGAAAUAUUUUAGCCCAAAUGAUGAAAAAUAAAAAAGGCCCUUUUACCUUGAUCCAAUUUUUGAAGCCCUGAUUCUUUGCCCUAAAAAUUCUUGGUUGGUAGAGAACUAGGUUGAGAAUUGACUACGAUUUUCCAGCUGAUGGCUAGCACGUGGAUGAUCCCACUGAAAUUUUGUCUCAUGGAAAAAAUGAAAUGACUUUGUUUCUGAUGGGUGCAAAAAUGAAAUUUCUUUCUCUCUCUAUCUUUCAGAUUCUCUCGGACUACCGCAUUUCUAUAUUCUUUCUUUCUUCUAACCCUAAUGAGUUUUCUUUGAUUUGUGCGAUUAUUUAUGAGUAAACGAUGAGGAAGCUUGCAGUUGGGUAGACGAAGGCAGAAGAAAGGAUGUAGACGAUCAUGCAAUCUUGUAGACGAUUGCUCGAAGAAAGAUGUACGAUCACACGGUCGUGUAGACGAUUGCUUGUAAGAAGGUAAACGUUCACGCAAUCGUGUAGACGAUUGCUUUAAAGAAAAGGUAGACGAUCGUUCUGUUCUACUAGACGAUACGAAGAGAAAAGGUAAACGAUGGACGAUCUUGUAGACGAUGAGAAGAGAAGAAGAAAAUACACUACAAUAUACAUGGUUCGGCUAUGAAAGUCUAUGCCCACAGGAAGGAGAUAGUUUUAUUAUGAAGCUAAGUCACAGACCCUUUUUCUUUACAGAU